CUCUGCAAAACCUCUAAAAUCUUUCCCCCAAAAACACAGAGAAAAAAACAACAAAAUUUUUCAUCAAUGGACUCAACUUUGGCCAUGGCAUCAUCACCAUCACCAUCUUCCCUCCUCCACAGUAAUCCAACCUCAAAGUUGUAUCGCCCCAUUUUCAAUUUCAAACAUCCUUCUUUUAGACCUCUGAACAGUAGAAACUUCACCAUUAUCAAAGCUUCUUCAGAUUGUAAUUCGAGUUCAAAUUCUAGUUCUAAUUCCUCCAAUCCAAAUCCUUUAAUUUCCAGUCUGAAAACGACCACUGCAGCCAUAGUUUUUGCCGCCGCAGUUUUUGGAAAGUUCCACCAGUUGCCGGCCGGGGCCGGGGCCGGGGCCUGCCCUCUAGCACCACCACCAACUCAAGCAAAUUCACCAUUGACCCCUAUUUUGGAAUCCGAUCCUCACAUUGUUGAGGUCUUCCGAAGCUCUCUCAUGCUGAUGCUCAACAACGGUGAGUAUGAGGAGGUGUUGAAGACGUUGAGGAAGUUAAGCUCAGCACAGCCGGAGAAUACAGAGUGGAAGUUUUUUAUGGCUAGGCUGUUGAAAAAAAUGGGGAAACCUCAAGAAUCAAGAGGUGUUUUUGAAGAGAUUUUAGCGAGAAACCCAUUGUCGUUUGAGGCAUUGUUUGAAAAUGCUUUGUUGAUGGACAGGUGUGGAGAAGGGGCCUCCGUUAUGAAUAGAUUAGAAAAGGCAUUGAAGAUAGCUGAGGAGAAGAAGAAGGUGAAGGAGGCUAGAGAUGUGAGGUUUAUAAUGGCACAAGUACAGUUCUUGCGGAAGAAUGUGGAGGAAGCAUUAAAGAGCUGCGAGGAACUUGAGAAGGAGGACCCUAAAGAUUUUAGGCCUUAUUUUUGUAGAGGGAUGAUUUAUAGGUUUUUUCUGCAUAAAAACAAAGAAGCUAGUGAACAAUUUGCCAAGUAUUGCAAGCUUUCACCUAAGAAAUUCGAGAUUGAAGGCUACUUGGGGUCUCCAUAUUGAAGGAUGAAGCUUUUUGGAACAGAUAAGGACGAGAAUUGAGUUUUUGGUUUCUGAUUCAGAGUUUUUAUAAUUUGGUUGCAUUUUCUGUUCUCUGCCAACUUGGAGGCCAGAAAGUGAUCAAUAGGGUAUGCCGGAGGUUUUUUUUUUAUUUGAAGAUGACGGUGAAAUGCAGCAAAUUUGGCUGCUUUACCGCAAGCUAGGGAUGCUUUUGAUGAGAUGAAUAAUGGAUACAUUCUUUGUAGUUUAAAUGAAAUUAGCAACAUAAGACUCAGUGCUUUACUUUGA